CGUGGGAGGCAGAGGCAGGGGAGUCUCUGAUCCAAGAUGACGGACAGCCUGUUUGUCAGUUUGGACAGGCUUUUGUUAGAAUUUGUUUUCCAGUAUGAACAAGACAAAAGUACUAAAGAAGCUAUGGUUCAAAGAAUUAAUACAUGCCUUGAAAGUAUUAAAGAAAACAAAGCAAAUGUUUCUAAUAUAUGUGAAGCCAUAAACAAAACAGAUGAGGAAAUUGCUUAUUACUGUAAACAUAGUAAAGAAAUGAAAGACUGCUAUAGUAACUGGAAGCCAACAUGUGAUGUUUUUCAUAAACAUGAAGAUUAUAUACAAGAUCAACUUACUGUUUAUCAAGAAACCAAUGAAAAAGACAAAAAAAUGUAUCAUGGUUAUAUAUGUCAGUAUGAAGAUGUUUUGAAACAAUACCAACUAAAAUACUCAGAAACACGUUUUUCAUGUAAAUAUUAUGAGAAGAAAAAAGAACAUGAAGAACUUCAAAACAGAGUGUUGGCAUGUACUGAACAACUAAAACAUUAUGAAACUAUUCUUAUGGAACUUCUAGUUCCUGCUCCGUUCUCAUCACUUACUAAAUGGACAUUACACAUAGUUAAUUUGAGAUAUAAAACACAAGACAUUCUUAAAUGUGCCAACAAUUUUACCAAGAGAUCACUUGAAUUGGAGAAAGAAGCAAAUGAUAUGGAAAUAGAAAUUAAUUCUUUAAAUAAGCAGAAUGCAAGACUUUUUGAAAGUAAGAAUUUUUCAGAAGCACUAGAAGAAAAGAAUAAAAAUACAGAAAAGAGAAAAGAAAUUAAAGAAAUAAUUUUUGAAAAAGAUGAGCACGUAUUGAACAGAUCGUCUCAGAGUAGCCAGUUACUAUCACCUUGUGAGUCUCAGAAAUUUGUAAGACUAAUAAAGAUGCAUUCUUCAGAACCAAGAGUUAAAGUCAAUCAAGAAGAAAAUUCAGUCAAUCAGUCAAAGUUUUCUAGUAGUGAUUUGAGACAAAAGGAAAAUGAUUCUCAGAUAUUUAAUGACUCUGAUAUGGAUAAUAGUUCAAAAUGUUCACAUGUUACAGCUGUCAAAACUUCACAAGGUUUUAUGCAAUUCAGGUUGAAUCAAUCAAAUUGCAGUCAAUGGAUUGAACAAGGACUUACAGAGUGUGACCGUUAUUCCCAACUGCAUCUAACCUCCCUGGGAGCAGAGGGUGAGUCAAAACAGAGUACUACGACACAAACACCAGGAGUUGAUGCUGGGUGUGGAAAUAAAGAGACAGUAAGACAACUAAGAGACUCAAAUUAUACUCCACAGGCAAUGCACAUAGAACGCUUUGGAAAAUCAAUAGAAAAUAAAAGUACUGAAGAUGAAGAAAGGGCUGAGAAUUGUCCAAAAACUCCUGAAACUCCUUUAUUUCUAAAAUCUCUGGACACUGUGAAGACAUCUGAGUCUGUAGAGAAAAUGCAGUUCCCUAACAGCACCUUCUUUGAAAUUAACAGAACAAGAAAUGUAGUACCUGAUGGACAAAAACAAAAGGAUUCUCCUGGAUUCUCAUUUCUUACGAGUUAUACUUCUAGAUCACCUGGACUAAAUUUAUUUGAUUCCUUUGUUUCUGAUUCAGAAAUCUCAUCAGAUCAGUUUAAUGAACAUUACUCUGCAGUAAACCUAAAUCCUCCUUCAUCACAACAAGAAAUUGGAAACUUAUUUGGGAAAUCAGAAGGAGACGAUACCUUCACGUUUUCUUUUCCCUCAAACUCUUCAACUCAUACAUUUGGAACUGGAAAAGAUGACUUUAGUUUUCCAUUUUCUUUUGAAUAGAAUCAAAAAAUGAGGUUAUUUAAGUAUUGAAUGUUUUAUUUUUACUGUGGCAUAAGCUAAUCAUUAUUUAAUUUGAUUUUGACUUUGUAAACCCUUUCAGACGGUCCUUCUAUCAAUAUUUUUCCAUUAAUUUUAUAUAAUAUUAAGUCCAUUUCUCCCUGGAAUUUGAGUUUUAGUUUGGUAAUAUUUUAGUUAUUUUGAUAGUAACAAGGAUAUUUUCAAAUGUUCAGAAGACCUUUUAAUGAUAACUGUGCAGAAUUCAUACUUUAGCAAUUAAAAGUCUUGGAAUCAC